AAGAACAUUGUUACAGACACUGGAAGAAGAAGAAGAACUUUAGAAUAUACAGCACUGUGUGGAUUUGAAAAUCGAUUUAUCACAAAAAACUAUUUCACACAAACGUAGAAGUUAACAGACGUCUGCAACAUCGGAAUAAAACGCGCUGCAUACUUUGCUCAAAACUUUUUAGAAGAGAUAUGAAGUUGCCUAAGUGACAAAUGAAUCGCCUGAUUGUAUUAAGAUGUAAAAUUUCCAUCUGGAAUCAAUGCGCGCUUUUCAACAUCGGAGUGCUUUAAAGGUUGUUUCUCUGAACUUAAGGUAAUACUGUUGGGAAAAUGCCGCGUCCUGGAAGAAACACGUACAGCGACCAGAAGCCGCCGUAUUCUUACAUUUCUCUAACCGCUAUGGCCAUUCAGAGUUGCCCCGAGAAGAUGCUCCCGCUCAAUGAUAUCUACAAGUUCAUCAUGGACAGGUUUCCAUAUUAUCGGGAAAACACGCAGCGCUGGCAAAACUCGCUGCGUCACAACCUUUCCUUCAACGACUGUUUCAUCAAGAUCCCGCGGAGACCGGACCAGCCUGGGAAAGGCAGCUUCUGGGCUCUCCAUCCAAGCUGCGGUGAUAUGUUUGAGAACGGAAGCUUCCUGAGGCGCCGCAAGAGAUUCAAAGUAAUGAUGACAUCUGAGCACCUGCAAAAACCCUCGGACGCUGCGCAGCACUACCUCCAGCAACAAGCAAAACUGAGACUGACUGCUUUGGGGACACAUCUACCUCAAAUGACCAGCUACAACUUAAGUGUGUCUCAACCGUCCACCUUCAAACACCCAUUUGCCAUUGAAAAUAUAAUUGCCAGAGAUUACAAAAUGCCAGGAAGUCUUGCCUUCUCCGCCAUGCAGUCCAUGUCUACGGGUUAUCAGAUACACAACCAGCUGACCACAGCCUGGCCCCACAUGUAUGGCAGUAAUGUAAUAGACACGAUGGCUUGCCCUGAGUAUACUAGCGCAUAUGGACUGCCUCUUAAAUCCUUAUGUCAAGGUGCGCAAAGUUUACCAGCGAUCCCUGUUCCUAUCAAAGCCACUCCAGCAUCGGUUCCGUCUAUCCCGACUCUCCAUGCGCACAUUCCAGCUUUCCUCCGCGGCUCUCCUCAGUCCCUGAGCCCUACGUCUCCACACACAACGACGAGCCAGAGCAGCCCUGCCACAACGAGCCCCACCUCGUUGCUUCAUUCGGCCGCCGUUCACUGUCAAGAGGUCACUUAAAAACUUUAUAAAAGAGGGUCUUGAUACUAUCUUCACACCAACGCUGUCACGGUGGCACCGACAAAUAAGGCAAGACAAGGAAAACUGAGUUUUGAAGGCUUAUUCAUUUCAAAACUUUAAUUGGAAGCAAAAAAACUGGAGAUAAAUAUAGGUUUUUAGCCCAUACAAAUAUUUAUCACACAUUAGGCUACCUCAUACAUUUGUGAAAAAUCAUAUUAAAACAAAUGCACAAGGAACAAAAAUGAAAAUAUGUGAGCAGGCGAACAAGAGUUUAUUCGAUGAAGUUUAGGGCAGUACAUUUCCAUGAAAGAUUUAAAGACAAUUUAAUAUUCUUCAUGUCUAGGAUAUGUUUUCCCUGGGCAUCGCCAUGCAGAAAAGGACUAACGAGGAUUGCAUGAGAAAGCACAUAUGCUGCAGUGUUUACAUAGGCUACUGUAGAAAACAACAAAAUGAAAUUCUUCAACAAUGCACUUUUGGCGUGACUUUACAAAAAUGAGCUUUUGUUCUGUGAAUGAUGCUCACCGUAAUUUAUUCGCUUCGGUGAAAAAUCGAUUGAAAGCUGUAUAUAGGU